AAAUCGCGCUGCUUGUUAUGAAUUUAUAAAGUUUAUAUUCUUGACAAAUAUCAAACUUUCUAAUUUUAUUAAACUAAAACUAUGAAGAAAAUAGGAUUUACCGGACGUAGAUAUCCGAGUACGGAAUCGAAGCCCUCGGCUAACACGAAAUGUCAAAAGUGCUUAGAAACCGGUCAUUGGACAUACGAAUGUAAGAACACUCCAACUUAUAAAGCUCGACCAACUAGAACGCAGCAACUCACAAAACCCUUGAAACCUAUAUCUCUUGAACUCCCAGAUGAAUUUAAAUCAAAGAGAGAGCUUGCAGAAAAAGCAUUAUUAUUAGAAAAAGAGAAGGAGAGAGAAAAAGAGGAAGAGAAAGAGAAAGAGAGAGAAAAAGAGAAAGAGAAAGAAAAAGAAAAAGAGAAAGAGAAGAAAGCAAAAGAUGAACCAAAAAAGAAAAAACUUCGCAAGGACGAGUAUGUUUAUUAGAAGUUUUCGCUUAAAAGUAUUAGAAAUAUUAACAUCUAAUCUUUGUCAUAGAUCAUCAUCAGAAGAUUCAUCAUCAUCAUCAGGAUUCUCUAGCGGUAGUGGUAGUGAUACUUCAGCAACAUCAUCAAGUUACAGCUCAAGUUCAGAAAGCGAUAGUGAUUCAAGUUCUUCAGGAGGAUCAUCAAGUUUAUCAUCGAGAAGUUCAUCAUCAUCCGUAUCAUAUUGUAGGAAAAGAAAGCGUAGAGGUCGAAGUUAAAUUUUAUUUUAAACUUUACACAUUAUUUUUACCGAAAUGGUUAUUUAGAUAUUUUUUUGUUAUAUUGCAUUUUUUUACUUAAACAACUUCAAUAACUUCGUAGCUAAUAAGACAAGAAAUUUUAAUUAGAGCCAAUAGAAUCUUUUUAUACAAAAAAAAAUAAUGAUAA